AUGACAUGGCAUAUCAACCCAGAUCCUCUUGUGAUGUGCAAAAAUAAGCAGGUAGCAGGUGCCAUUGCCGCACCCGUCGGUGCUUGGGAGAGCCGGCGCGACUGGUCAUCUACAGAUCAAGCCCACCCGGGAUACUUCUCGCACUUCCCGGGGUACAAAGUCCAUGUUAUGGAUUGGUCUAGCCAGGAGAAGUUGCUGGGCUCCCUCGCCAAGUGCUUCAUGGAGGGCAUUGCUAGCCUGGAGAAUCUCGUCUACAAUGCUGACGCGCCAUGGGAAGUCAUGGCAAAGAGGCAUGGCAUUGAGGCUCCCGGAACACUGCUGGACACCAACGAGGGCAUCAAAAUCCGCAAAGUGACUGUCAUUCUCUUUGUCAAGUUCCACAAUGGAGCGAAUCACGAUACCUGUCAGAGUUGGGGAGAUGCAGAGUGGACGUGUGGUGGCAACUCAGCUGCAGAAAUCAUCGACGGAGCGAGGAAAACGGAAUUCUUGUCUGUCACGGGUGUGACAUAUGUGCGUGUCUACCGCCGCGUUACGAAGCACUAG